AUGGAACCAGAGGCUGGAGAACCACAGGAGCAGUCUUUGAAGUUAUUUGCAGAGUCAGUUAGACAUGCCGUUCCAGAGAUUGGGGAAAAAGAGGAUCCUAGGUGUGAAGAAACUAGUCAGCAGCCCUGGCAGAUGCUUGAGGAGCCAAUCAUAAAGCUGCAGAGAAUGAAAGUCACAGGAAAGGAGGUUGAGAAUACAGCAAUGGAAGACAAAGAGGAUGAUGAUGGCAUUGAGAAGAAAGAUAAAAAAGAGACAGAAGAAAUAAGAGAGAUAAAUUAUACUGAAAACGUAAGCACAAGGGUCACAGAUGAACCCAUCACCUCAAACACAAACUUCACAACACCUGAGACCAAAGAAUCAGACACAGAGGGGAAUCGAAAAUUGACAAAGACUCCCAGCUUUGGGAAAACAGUUCGCUUUAAGGAAAUUGAGGAAGUGGAGGAAAAGCGUGACUCAUGGGACAGUCUUUUCCCAGAAUAUGAGGUGGAAGAGUGGACCACCACAAGCUUUGAAGAGCUGUUUCUGGCAAAGGACUGGGUGGACAUUACAGAUGACCGUCUGCUGAGGAAGAAGGUGUUACAACCCAACCCUGACGACGCCCUGACCCCUGCUUGGGGUCAAGAGGUCACACUGAAAAUGCAGGCUGUGCUAGAGGAUAGGACUGUGGUUGAAAAAGACUGCAAGCUGGUCUUCGUUAUCGGAGAGGGAGAUGUCAACCAGGCUCUGGAAGAGUGCGCCAUUUCAAUGAAGUUGGGGGAGAUUGCUUUAAUGCUUGCAGAUUCACAGUACACCUACGGACUGCUAGGAAGGUAA